AUGCAUGGUUGUCGAGUAGCUGCUUUGAAGAAGUACAGGGAGUCUGCUAUAUCUGGGGUCGCCCUCGUCACUAUCGGAGCGACACAAUACUCGACUUACUCACAGAUGGACACUUUUGCACUGAGUGGUCUGUCUAAAAUUGCUAUAGUCCUCAUCACAGUGGGUGUCACCAUCGCCCUCAUCUCCCUCUUGGGCCAAGUUGGGGCAAUCAUUAAUAAUUCGUCUAUGGUGGCUUGUUUCAUCUGCAUCCUGACAGUGAUCAUCAUCUUGGAGAUACUCACAGGCGCUGCCUUUUACAUAUUCCGCAGCAGGGCUGCCCUCCUACAGAUGAACAGUGGUAUCAAUACCAAAGCACGAGCGGUGAUCUAUGGCUACAGCCUGGAGAAAAGACGCCCCGUCAACAGUAUUCAGGAAAAGCUCAGCUGCUGUGGUGCAGACAGCUACACUGACUGGUUCAGGAGCACCGGCUGGGAAAACCACGAUGCCGUGCCGGAUUCCUGCUGCGUGGUGAAGAGUGAGGGCUGCGGACAGGACAUGACGAAAAUACACAGAAAGGGUUGUAUCUGGGCUAUCAAGCGCUUUCUGCUGAGAAACUUGGUGUGGGUUAGUGCUGUCUGCAUCGCUCUUGGAGUCUCAGAGUUUUUUGGAUUAUUAGUCGGGCUGUGCUUGUGUGUGGACAUAAAACGAAAAAACUAUGAAAACCUCAGCUGAUGCGCCAUCGU